UCAGGUCAUGGACAUGAUGGAAAACUUAAAAGGAUAUACGCAAGAUUGUAUCAACUUAGCCUUGAAUCUAAUUCACAGAGGUAUUGAUGAUGUAGCAUAUCGAUUAAUUGUGAAGUCCUCUGAUCCUCAGCUUAACUUUGGAACUAACAUUUUUACUAAACAGUUAAUUAAAGCUGGUGUGGAGACUGACAAAAUUAUCCAUUAUUGUAAUAAUAUUUUUGAACAAGGCUUGAAUCACAUGAUAUAUCUUAAUACUGCAAAGGCAGCAGCCGAUUGUGAAAACUUUGGCUGUGCUUCUGCUAUUUUUCAAGCAAUGGUGAAGAAGGGAGUUCCUGUUCGACUUCAUUAUUUUUUACCUAUACUUUACUACUACUGUGAAAAAAAAUCUGUUGCAGGUAUUUACUGGGUACUAAAGAAUAUGUUUAAAGUUGGUGUUUGUGCAGAUUUUUUGCUAUAUGCUCGAUAUGUUGUCCCGUGUGUUGGAGUGUCACAUCAUCCAGAUGAUAUAAUUUCUAGUAUUCAGGAGACUGGACAGCCAGUGUCGACUGCUGUUGACGCCUUAUUUGAGUUUUACUGCUAUCAGGGAAAAUUGGAUUAUGCUGUACAUCUAAUUGAAAAGCACUCUAUUGGUAUUAGGACCACCUUCAGUAUCCGGCAGUAUUUAUCACACUUCAACGAUCUUAGAGAAAAACAAUAUUCUCAGUACUUUCAGGUUUUAAAUUAUAUUAUGAAAAAUGUUGGAUUAACUGAAAAAGAUUCUAAAGAAGUGCGUGGAAAAUUCCUUGCUGAAAUACUUCUAACAAACCAGAGGGCCUUCGAUCAAUUUUUAAGGCAUAGAGAUAAUGAAGUAAUUGUUGAAAUCUGUUUAUGUUGUUUUAUAGAUCAAAUUAUGCUUACUGCUCUGUUUUUCUGAA